AGCCCAUUUUUUCCCCAAAGGCCCUUAGGCACGCGGCGCACGUGGCCAAUUUUCCACCGUUCCGAUGCGCGCCGCGCUCCUGUUGGCUGUCCUUGCGCCUCUUGCGCUGGCCGAGCCUGGGCGCCAGUUGAGGGGCUCGGCCGCGGGUCUGCCCGGGUUCGGUGACAUCUUCGAUGACCCCGAGGACGGGGGAUUUCCAGAAGAGGACGAGAGCGAGGACGAGCCCGAGGACGAAACGCCGGAGACGCCGGAGACGCCGGUGACUUGGGAGCCCUUGCCCGGGGAUGAGCUGUGUGCGCAGCCAGAUGCCCAGUGCGGAGGACAGUGGUACUAUGGACCGACUUGCUGCUGGCAUGCGCACACCUGCUACGCGCUGAACGAGUAUUUCUCUCAGUGCGUGACGGAGGCCAAGGCGGAGGAGCUUGCUGGCCUUGCCAGCAGCACGACCACGACCACCACCAACGCAGACCCACUGAAGUGUCAGCUGGGAUUUCAGCAAUGCUCCGGUUUUGACCAGGAUGACGGGGCCAACUUCACAGGCCGGGCUUGCUGCCAUGCGGGCUUCAGCUGCGUGGCGACGGGCCCCUUCUUCUCCCAGUGCUCGCCCACGGAGAAGGACGGGCCCUUCUUGCCGUACCAGCCUGACCUGCCAUUGGAGCAGCCCAGCGAGGCUGAAUUGCUGACCUUCUACGUCUACCGUGCUGCUACCGAAGAUGGGGAGGAUUUCAUGGAGAACAUCAACGUGGGGGACCUGGCCGGCACCUUGUGGUACCUGCACAACGAGGUGGUCUUCACCCGGCCACGCAAGUUCGACAUCGAUCGAGUGGUCCGCUACAAGGUUUCCAUGAAAGCCACCACGCCGAUUCAUGAGCUGGGCAUGAACUUUGGGGUGCGGUUCUCUUUUGACUCGGCCAUGUGCACGGGGCCUUGGAAUUGCGAGCUGCUCUUCGAGCAGUAUGGCUACUUUGUGGGCUGCAACUACCUGGGAAUGUUCCCCUUUCCCACAUACAACGUCUCUUACCCUGAUGCCAAGUGGUUUUCACUGCCCGGCGCAUGCCCCUCCAAGGAAUUUGGGCAGAAGGACGAGAGGUGCAUCGAGCUCCAGCCUGGAGGCCGGUGCGAGGGCACCCCCACUGGCCAGGGCAAUUGUAGCUACAGCAUUGAAAAGAUGGGGUCUUUGACUCUGGACGAGAUCGAGGGCAUUGAGAGCUACCACGACUUCAUCCACACUGGUGGGGUGGAAUUCGACAAGGAGCUGGACCAAGGGGUGCACUUGGACUUCUGGAACAAGAUGAAUGACACGGCAAAGAACAUGGAGCGAGUCAAGAAGGUGAAACAAAUGUUCAAGGAGCGCUUCCCUGACCAGCCAGGAGAUGAUGAGUUGCAGGCUCCAGCCUGCGAUUUUGACUUUGAGAAGUUCUACGGGGCACCGCUGCCGACCACGGCAAGCACCACGACCACAACCACCACAACCACCACAACCACAACAACCACAACAACCACAACAAUCACAACAACCACAACAACCACAACAACCACAACAACCACAACAACCACAACAGCUACAACCACCCCACUCACCACCCCAACCGAGGCGGCCACCACCACCACCACCACCACGACCACCACCACCACCACCACCACCACCACCACCACCACCACCACCACCACCACCACCACCACCACCACCACCACCACCACCACGACCACCACGACAACCACGACAACCGCGACCACCACCACCACCACCACCACCACCACCACCACCACAACAACCACAACAACCACAACAACCACAACAACCACAACAACCACCACAACCACCACAACCACAACAACCACAACAACCACCACAACCACCACAACCACCACCACCACCACCACCACCACCACCACAACAACCACAACAACCACAACAACCACAACAACCACAACAACCACAACAACCACAACAACCACCACAACCACAACAACCACAACAACCACAACAACCACCACAACCACCACAACCACCACAACCACAACCACAACCACAACCACCACAGCCACAACGACAACCACCACAGCCACCAGCACUACCACCACGACCACAACUGAGCCGACCACCACUGAGGCAGUAGCGACAACCAUCGUUUUAACUACAACCACGGCUAGUUUAGUUUUGGCAGACAUGACCACAACUCCAUUUGGAUGCGUGGACGUGGAGAUGGGCAGCCACUGCCACACUGUGGUCACGUGGGCUAAGGACAAGGGCGUGCUGCUGCACCCCACUUGGUACUCUGGCUUGACAGCAUCCUCCUCCUUCACAGACUUCCAGACCCACUUGCACAACGUGAAUCCUACGGACUGCCCCCUGCCUUGCACACAGCAGUCCGGCUGCAUUGCUCCCAAAGCCUGCAAAACCGCGGUGCUUUGGGCCAUGGAGAAAGGCAUUACGCUGCACCCCACAUGGUACAACGGGCUCACCAAGGAGUCUUCCUUUGAGGAGUUCCAAGCUGCCAUCCACAGAGGAGCUCCCACACAGUGCCCAAUGCCUUGCGAGUCUAUGAUAACAGCCACAACUGCUGAGGCGAUCACUGAAACCAGGGCAAGCACCACAAGCGAGGUGAUCAGCACAACCCAGGCGACUGCAGCCACAACCGAGGCGACCACCACAGCCACAGCUACCGAGGCAACCCCUUCCGAGGUCGUCACCACCACCGAGGCGGUGAUCAAGGCUACUUCAACAGAGGCAGCCAACACCGCAACGGAAGCUGAGAGUGUGAUCGAAUCUACUGUGACUCCGUUUGGAUGCGUGGACGUGGAGAUGGGCAGCCACUGCCACACUGUGGUCACGUGGGCUAAGGACAAGGGCGUGCUGCUGCACCCCACUUGGUACUCCGGCUUGACAGCAUCCUCCUCUUUCACAGACUUCCAGACCCACUUGCACAACGUGGACCCUGCGGACUGCCCCCUGCCUUGCACACAGCAGUCCGGCUGCAUUGCUCCCAAAGCCUGCAAAACCGCGGUGCUUUGGGCCAUGGAGAAAGGCAUUACGCUGCACCCCACAUGGUACAACGGGCUCACCAAGGAGUCUUCCUUUGAGGAGUUCCAAGCUGUCAUCCACAGAGGAGCUCCCACAAAGUGCCCAAUGCCUUGCGAGUCUAUGAUCACAGCCACAACUGCUGAGGCGAUCACUGAAACCAGGGCAAGCACCACAAGCGAGGUGAUCAGCACAACCCAGGCGACUGCAGCCACAACCGAGGCGACCACCACAGCCACAGCUACCGAGGCAACCCCUUCCACCGAGGUCGUCACCACCACCGAGGCGGUGAUCAAGGCUACUUCAACAGAGGCAGCCAACACCGCAACGGAAGCUGAGAGUGUGAUCGAAUCUACUGUGACUCCGUUUGGAUGCGUGGACGUGGAGAUGGGCAGCCACUGCCACACUGUGGUCACGUGGGCUAAGGACAAGGGCGUGCUGCUGCACCCCACUUGGUACUCCGGCUUGACAGCAUCCUCCUCCUUCACAGACUUCCAGACCCACUUGCACAACGUGGACCCUGCGGACUGCCCCCUGCCUUGCACACAGCAGUCCGGCUGCAUUGCUCCCAAAGCCUGCAAAACCGCGGUGCUUUGGGCCAUGGAGAAAGGCAUUACGCUGCACCCCACAUGGUACAACGGGCUCACCAAGGAGUCUUCCUUUGAGGAGUUCCAAGCUGCCAUCCACAGAGGAGCUCCCACAAAGUGCCCAAUGCCUUGCGAGUCUAUGAUCACAGCCACAACUGCUGAGGCGAUCACUGAAACCAGGGCAAGCACCACAAGCGAGGUGAUCAGCACAACCCAGGAGACUGCAGCCACAACCGAGGCGACCACCACAGCCACAGCUACCGAGGCAACCCCUUCCACCGAGGUCGUCACCACCACCGAGGCGGUGAUCAAGGCUACUUCAACAGAGGCAGCCAACACCGCAACGGAAGCUGAGAGUGUGAUCGAAUCUACUGUGACUCCGUUUGGAUGCGUGGACGUGGAGAUGGGCAGCCACUGCCACACUGUGGUCACGUGGGCUAAGGACAAGGGCGUGCUGCUGCACCCCACUUGGUACUCCGGCUUGACAGCAUCCUCCUCCUUCACAGACUUCCAGACCCACUUGCACAACGUGAAUCCUGCGGACUGCCCGCUGCCUUGCACACAGCAGUCCGGCUGCAUUGCUCCCAAAGCCUGCAAAACCGCGGUGCUUUGGGCGAUGGAGAAAGGCAUUACGCUGCACCCCACAUGGUACAACGGGCUCACCAAGGAGUCUUCCUUUGAGGAGUUCCAAGCUGCCAUCCACAGAGGAGCUCCCACAAAGUGCCCAAUGCCCUGUGACUAGCCCGUAGUAACACGGCUUAGUCGGCAUUGUCGCACUGCACGUUUUUAGCAAAUAUUUGGUUUACCGCCUUACGAAGGCAUGAAUUUUGUUAACCUUCCUGAGCAAUAGACUCAGUGCCAACUUUGAGCAAUAGACUCAACACCAAUUUUUGAGCAAUAGGCUCGGUGUUUUCACAACGGUGAUGUUGGUAUAUUAAUACAUGACGAAUAUAC